UACCAUGUGAGAUUUGUCAUAUUUUAGAAAAUCUUGCUGCAAAAUACACGCAAUGAGCUUAAAAAUUAUUUUGUUUUUAAUCGCCGUCGAGUGCAAUCAGUCAUUCGGGAUAGGUCUUCGUGCUUUUAUCCUGGAGGCUCAUAAUCGACGGAGGGCUAAGUACGGAAAUCAACCGAUGGUUCUGGACGAAGAUCUCUGUCAGCAAUGCUCAGAAUACGCAAAGCAAAUAGUCAAGACUGACGGUGUAUACAAGGAGGACUACAUGUCAAACUUGCACGCAACGGGUCCAAUUACGUCCAAGCAUAUUCAAAUCGUGUGCCUUUUUCGGGAUGCCUACCCAAGAGAUUGUGUUCGAGAUUGGUUUCACUAUCGAGGCUUCGCUGAUAACAAAAAGUAUUACAAAUUUACGGCCAUGAUAUGGAACGCCUCCACCAGACUUGGCGUUGGGCUAGGGAGAAUCCAGGAAACGAGAUACCUAGUGGUGAGAUAUGCUCCUCCUGGAAACAUCUUGCAAGAAAUGGAGUCUAAUGUUCCAAAGCGACCAACAAUAUUUUGGGAUUCGCAAGACAUUAUAGCUGAUUUCCUCGAGUCCACACUUCCAUCAACAUCUGUACUCAAUGGUGUCCGAAAUAUUUUUGGUAACUGGCUGUGCUAUGUUACGACCUUAUUAAAUUUAUAUCUGCGCGGCACGUCCAGGAUUUUGUAGAU